AGGCUAAGCCAUGACUUCAGGAUCUGGGCAUGUGGACUCCAAGGCUGAGCUCACUGCUUUGCUUGAGCAAUGGGAGAAAGAACAUGGCAGUGGGCAAGACAUGGUCCCUAUCCUCACCAGAAUGUCCGAGCUGAUUGAGAAGGAGACUGAAGAAUACCGUAAAGGGGAUCCAGACCCAUUUGAUGACCGACACCCAGGUCGAGCGGACCCAGAGUGCAUGCUUGGUCACUUACUGAGGAUACUUUUCAAGAAUGAUGAUUUCAUGAAUGCGCUAGUGAAUGCUUAUGUGAUGACAAGCAGAGAACCUCCAUUAAACACUGCUGCCUGCCGACUUCUUCUGGAUAUCAUGCCGGGACUGGAAACAGCUGUUGUCUUUCAGGAAAAGGAAGGCAUAGUUGAAAAUCUCUUUAAGUGGGCACGGGAGGCUGAUCAGCCGCUACGGACAUAUGCAACGGGGCUAUUAGGAGGAGCUAUGGAAAACCAAGAUAUUGCUGCAAAUUACAGGGACGAGAACUCACAAUUGGUGGCUUUGGUGCUUCGACGGCUACGAGAAUUACAGGUUACUGAAAUGACUACAAAACAAGAAAACAAGCGUCCCAGUCCUCGGAAAGUGCCAUCAGAUCCUCUGCUGCCUCUAGAUGAAGAGGCUGUGGAUAUGGAUUACGGGGAGAUGGCAGUAGAUGGAGAGCAAGAGGAAGUUUCUGGGGAUAUGGAGAUCUCCUUUCAUCUUGAUUCAAGUCACAAGACCAGUAGCAGAGUAAACUCUGCUACAAAGCUAGAUGAUGGGGGACUGAGAAAAAGCAAAUCAGGGAAACAGCAUGAAAGAGAUGGCUUCCGGAAGGCCAAGCAAAAGCUGGGCUUCUCUGCUUCAGAACCAGAGCGGAUGUUUGUUGAACUGUCCAACAGCAGCUGGUCAGAAAUGUCCCCGUGGGUGAUUGGCACUAAUUAUACACUUUACCCUUUGACUCCUGCCAUAGAGCAGAGGCUAAUUCUUCAGUACCUGACUCCCUUAGGGGAGUACCAAGAGCUACUGCCCAUCUUUAUGCAACUGGGAUCAAGGGAGCUGAUGAUGUACUACAUCGAUUUGAAGCGAACCAACGACGUGCUGCUCACUUUUGAAGCCCUUAAGCAUUUGGCAUCAUUGCUGCUGCACAACAAGUUUGCAACGGAGUUUGUUGCUCAUGGAGGAGUGCAAAAGUUGCUGGAGAUUCCUCGUCCUUCCAUGGCAGCAACAGGGGUCUCCAUGUGCUUAUAUUAUUUGUCUUACAAUCAAGAUGCCAUGGAGAGGGUGUGCAUGCACCCUCAUAAUGUGCUUUCAGAUGUAGUAAACUACACCUUAUGGCUAAUGGAGUGCUCCCAUGCCUCAGGCUGCUGCCAUGCUACCAUGUUUUUUUCCAUUUGCUUCUCCUUCCGUGCUGUCCUGGAGCUCUUUGACAGGCAUGAUGGCCUUCGACGUCUGGUUAACCUGAUAAGCACACUUGAGAUCUUAAACCUGGAAGACCAAGGAGCCCUCUUGAGUGAUGAUGAGAUCUUUGCCAGUCGCCAGACUGGGAAACACACCUGUAUGGCCUUGCGUAGAUACUUUGAGGCUCACCUUGCUAUCAAACUUGAACAGGUGAAGCAGUCACUCCAGCGCACUGAAGGUGGCAUUCUGGUCCAUCCGCAGCCCCCCUACAAGGCCUGUUCGUAUACUCAUGAGCAGAUUGUAGAGAUGAUGGAGUUCCUGAUUGAGUAUGGUCCAGCACAGCUCUACUGGGAGCCAGCAGAGGUUUUUCUCAAAUUGUCUUGUGUCCAGCUCAUGCUUCAGCUCAUUUCAAUAGCGUGCAACUGGAAGACAUACUAUGCAAGGAAUGACACAGUACGAUAUGCUUUGGAUGUACUAGCCAUCCUGACUGUGGUUCCUAAAAUCCAGUUGCAGCUGGCAGAACCUGUGGAUGUGUUAGAUGAAGCUGGAUCUACUGUUUCCACUGUGGGUAAGCUGAAUAUGGUCCUGAUGACUUAA